GUAUUUUCGUCAACACGGGAAAAAACUUGUAGCCUAUAAAUAAACCCUCUAACCCUCAAUCCCUCACUUCUCUUCACUCUAUUGUUUGCCUUUCUUCUCUUGCGGCUAGGGUUUUAGCGCAGCUUCUUCUAGAUACUCAAAGGCAGUUAUGGGUAAGGAAAAGGUUCACAUCAGUAUUGUGGUCAUUGGUCAUGUCGACUCUGGGAAGUCGACUACCACUGGUCAUCUAAUCUACAAGCUUGGAGGAAUUGACAAGCGUGUGAUUGAGAGAUUCGAGAAGGAAGCUGCUGAGAUGAACAAGAGGUCAUUCAAGUAUGCCUGGGUGCUUGACAAGCUUAAGGCUGAGCGUGAAAGAGGAAUCACAAUUGAUAUUGCCUUGUGGAAGUUUGAAACCACCAAGUACUACUGCACAGUCAUUGAUGCUCCUGGACACAGGGAUUUCAUUAAGAAUAUGAUUACAGGGACAUCCCAAGCUGACUGUGCUGUGCUGAUCAUUGAUUCCACCACUGGUGGUUUUGAAGCUGGAAUUUCCAAGGAUGGGCAAACUCGUGAACAUGCUCUUCUUUCCUUCACUCUCGGUGUGAAGCAGAUGAUCUGUUGCUGUAACAAGAUGGAUGCCACCACUCCCAAGUACUCCAAGGCUAGGUAUGAUGAAAUUGUGAAGGAAGUCUCCUCGUAUUUGAAGAAAGUGGGAUACAACCCAGACAAGAUUCCUUUUGUUCCAAUCUCUGGUUUUGAGGGAGACAACAUGAUUGAGAGGUCCACAAACCUCGACUGGUACAAGGGACCUACCCUGCUUGAGGCUCUUGACCAAAUCACUGAGCCCAAGAGGCCAUCUGACAAGCCCCUCAGGCUUCCUCUUCAGGAUGUCUACAAGAUUGGAGGUAUUGGAACUGUGCCUGUGGGACGUGUUGAGACUGGUGUCAUCAAGCCUGGAAUGGUGGUGACUUUUGCACCAACUGGAUUGACAACUGAAGUUAAAUCUGUUGAGAUGCACCAUGAAGCUCUCACAGAAGCUCUCCCUGGUGACAAUGUGGGGUUCAAUGUGAAGAAUGUUGCUGUUAAGGAUCUCAAGCGUGGUUAUGUUGCUUCAAACUCCAAGGAUGAUCCUGCUAAGGAGGCUGCUAACUUCACCUCCCAGGUUAUCAUCAUGAACCACCCUGGUCAGAUUGGAAAUGGCUAUGCUCCUGUUCUGGAUUGCCACACCUCCCACAUUGCUGUCAAGUUUGCUGAACUUAUGACCAAGAUUGACAGGCGUUCUGGUAAGGAGCUCGAGAAGGAGCCUAAGUUCUUGAAGAAUGGUGAUGCUGGUUUCGUGAAGAUGAUUCCAACCAAGCCAAUGGUGGUGGAGACCUUCUCUGAGUACCCACCUCUUGGACGUUUUGCUGUGAGGGAUAUGCGUCAGACUGUUGCUGUGGGAGUCAUCAAGAACGUUGAGAAGAAAGACCCUACUGGAGCCAAGGUCACCAAGGCCGCCCAGAAGAAGAAGUGAAUCGUGCUGGGUGGUGGUUCAUCAGGGGAUGGUUACAAUAAAUGCUGGUUUCUUGCUUGUACUCUUGUGUCAUCGCUAGGUAGAUUGUUUUUCGUACUUAGUUUGAAGUUUCCACCAUCAUCUCCCAACUUUUGUUCCCAGAAUUGGGUUCUUGAUCGACGGUGGCGGCUCUUUUAUUAUUAUUAUUAUGUGUUUUUAUGUGUUUUUGUGUUUUUGUGAGAACCCCUGAUUACAUUUUUGUAAGCGCAGCAAGUUUUACCGCUUUGCUGCGUUGUUUGUUUGCAUUUUAAAUAUCAGACUUUUUAUAUUUGUGUUUUAAA